AUGUCCCUCCCCUGGAAACGCCUAAUCCGAUUCAUCGCCACGGACGGCCGCACCCUCCGUGGCGAACCCAUCCUCCCUACUCCCGACACAGAUCUCGGCUUCAUCACCGAGGCCGAUCAGCUACAGGCACGAGUCAUCGAGGGCACCGAUAUCUAUGAUACCACCGGCGUGACCCGAGUGACGGAUGAAGUCGUCACCGUAAAGACUAUGCUGGGCCCGUUGGCGGCUGCAGAUGUUCCUAUACUUCGAUGUGUGGGGUUGAACUAUGCGAAACAUAUCAAAGAAGCAGGCCGCACUCCACCCCCCUUCCCCUUCAUAUUCUUCAAACCCUCCACGACAAUCCACGACCACAACAGUCCCGUCUCGAUCCCCCGCAUCGCCCAAGACUCUCAAGCCGACUAUGAAGGCGAGCUCUGCCUCGUGUUGGGCCGCGACGCCAAAAACGUCUCCCAGGAGAACGCCCUCUCCUACAUUGCCGCUUACACCGUCGGCAACGACGUUUCCAGUCGUAAAUUGCAGCGCGAUCCCGCCCUGGCUGGCCGUGUACCGCAAUGGGGCUUUUCGAAGGGAUUCGAUACGUUUGCGCCGCUGGGACCGUGUUUGGUAGCGGGGAGUGAGAUUGCGGAUCCAAAGAUGUUGUUGCUGAAGACUGUCGUUGAUGGGGAGGUUAGGCAGGAGGAAGGGGUGAGCGAUUUGUUGUUUGAUUGUGCUUAUUUGAUUAGUUAUCUAUCGCAGGGAACGACGUUGCAGAAGGGCAGUGUUAUCAUGACGGGGACGCCUGGAGGUGUUGGUGCUGGCUUGAAUCCGCCCAAGUACCUUGUUCCGGGGACGCAGAUGGACGUAUCCAUUUCGGGCAUUGGCACUUUGCGGAAUAAUGUUGUUUUUGCAGAGUGA